AUGGAAGAUUUCUACAGGCUGAACCCAGGUGUGAUAUCAGGCUCAGAGAUUGAUGUUAAUGUUGUUCAUCAAGUUGAAAAUAUGGCUACAAGUACAAGCAAUACCAGUUGUGGGUUCCAUGGUCAUCCUCAUCCUCAGGGUCAUGUAGUGGAUGAUAACAUGCUCUUGUUUCAAACGGAGGGCAUGGAAUCAGAUCAUCAUAUGUCUGAUCUGAUCAAAACCCAGAUAGCCAAUCACCCUCGUUUCCCUGAUUUAGUUGAUGCAUACCUCGAAUGCCAAAAGGUUGGAGCACCACCGGAGAUGAAAAGUCUUCUUGAAGAAAUUGGACGGGUGAGCCAUCCCAUGAGCACUUGCAGUGAGAUAGGAGCUGAUCCAGAACUUGACGAGUUCAUGGAAUCAUACUGUGAGGUUCUUCGUGGAUACAAGGAGGAGCUAUCCAAACCGUUCGAUGAAGCAACCAACUUCUUGACCAACAUUCAGUCGCAACUUAGAAACCUCUGCAAAGGCACAUUCCCAAAAACCAGCUGGGACUGUAAUUCUGAUGAAGGGGUUGGAAGUUCAGAGGAGGAAUUUAGCUGUGGGGAGGUAGAGGCAGCAGAGAGUCAAGAAACAGCUGCUGCUCGUGCCGGUGGUGAUCGGGAGCUGAAAGAUAUGCUGUUGCAUAAGUACAGUGGCUAUCUUACCAAUUUGAGGAAGGAGUUCUUGAAGAAACGAAAGAAAGGGAAGCUACCAAAGGAUGCCAGGACUGCCCUAUUGGAUUGGUGGACUACUCACUAUAGGUGGCCAUAUCCUACGGAAGAGGAGAAAUUGCACCUGUCUGAGGUAACUGGACUAGACCAAAAGCAGAUCAACAAUUGGUUCAUAAACCAGAGGAAGCGACAUUGGAAGCCAUCUGAGGACAUGAGGUUUGCUCUUAUGGAGGGUGUUGGUGGCAGCGUCGGAGCUCCCAUGUUAUUCGACGCUGGGGUCGGGACCGGAAAUAUUGAUGAUAUGUGA